AUGCGAAGAGGAGAGACUGUGAGAAAGUCGGAGGCGACGAGAGUAGAAGAGCGCAAGCUGGUGCGCGAAGACAUGAAAUGUGGAGCAGAGCAGUGGAACGAGGAAAUUUGGACGGGAUCCAGACAGAGAUACGUUAGCAACUCGCCUCGUGGACCUUCAAAGAAGGUCGACGAUGACCGUCCGGGGGAAGAAGUCGGCGCUGCUUAG